AUGCAUUCUUUCUUUCUUGUACACUCUUUUCUUCUCACUUCCAAAACAAAUUUCAUAAUUUCUUUCUUUCUUUCUUUCUUUCUUUCUUUCUUUCUUUCUUUCUCAUUUUCUCUCCCUCCUUUCUUUCUCUUUUUUUUUCAUUUUUCUCUCUUUCUCAAUCCUCAUCUUAUUCUCUCUACUUCUUUCUUCCUCUUCAUUUCUCCUCUCUCAUUAUAUCUCCCUUUCUUUUCUUCCUUCAUUCCAAAACUCAAAUUUCAUAAUUUCUUUCUUUCUUUUUUUUCAUUUUUCUUUCUUUCUUUCUUUCUUUCUUAUUUUCUUUCCUUCUUUCUUCCCUUCCUUCAUUUAUCUACCUCUCAUUAUCACAUCCUUUCUUUCUCUUUUGUUUUCAUUUUUCAAUCUCUUUCUUGCAAAUCUACAGUCUUAUUUUCUUUCCUUCUUUCUUCAUUUUUCUUUUUACUUUUUUCUUUGAUUUUGUUUCUUUUUCUUUCAUUUUUAAAUUUUUCACUAUUUUCUUUUUUUCUUUUUCUUGUUUCAUUUUUUUUCUUUCUUUUCUGUCCUAACUACUUCAGAUAA